GUUUUCAAAAUCCCUCCUAUUUCAAAGCGUUCAACGGCCAGCAACAUUACAUUUGAUAAGGGCGGGGAAUUUAAAGUACAAGAACAAUGCAACAAUACGAAAAAGCAGUCCUCUGCUUCUCAUGGCGUGAAAUCUCAGCCGAAGGUGUUGGUUCCACCACCCCAGGUGGCCGACGAUCAGCAUGCUCUGACACCGAUUAUCAGUCCGACGACGGAGAAAGAAUUGCUGAAAGAUUUAAUGUGGGAUACGAAAGAACCAUCUUCGAGCUCGAUGAAUUCAUCCCCGAAUCUGAGGGACGAGGACAACACAACAAUAUUUUCACCAACUUGGGAGGAAAAUUAUCAGGAUCUAAGUGGAUGGUGCUCCAGGAUCCCCAUGGAUCACAGAAGUUACAGUUUUCCUGUAGGUGAAUCUCUUAAUGGUAGGCAUUCAGAUAUGAAAAUCGACGAUCAGACUUACUCGACAAACGUGGGGGUUGACGUUCUUAACGUGGGUAUGACUUCUGCAACAAUCGAUCUUGAUGAUUUUAAGCAGCAAAACAAUAUUACUAACAAUAAUAAUCUUAACAACAGUAAUAAUAUGAAUAAUAUCAUUAAAAAUAAUAAAAAUGUAAUGCUACCACCGAUUGAUGAUGAUAAACCUAUAAUGCUGGGGGGGACUAUUGAUGUACCUGAUGAAUGGCUGGACUUACCUAAGUCUUCCAUAGCCUCACGAACAGAUGAAUGGAUACGGCUAGUUGAUAAUGACAAAAUGGACGAACCGCUUCAGCGACUCGAAAUUAAUCAAUUAAAUGACAAUGUUAAUUUGGAUAACAGCUACUCUGCAGAGCCUACAGUCAAUUGGGAUAUUAUUUAUAAUUUCGAUAACAAUGAAAAAGAUUUCGAUCUGCUAUCCUAUUUAUGCGAUGACAAUUUAAAUUCACCAGAAAGUAUAUCAACAGAUUCAAUAGACAUUUAUCAAGCAUCAACGAGCUACAUUAAUAAAAAUAAAAAUGAAGGAUUAUCUACAAGAAUGCAUAACACGCGAAACAGAAAAAGAAAUUACAGCCAAGAUACAAUAACUUCUCCAUCAAAGAAUACAGAUGACUUGGAUAUUAAGCCGCUGAAGCCAUCGUUUGCGUCUGCAAUGUCACCAUCAACUUCAUCAUCAUCAUCCGGAGCUGGAUCCACUAAAGCAACGACAAGGGCAAUCAAACCCACGAAAACCAUAAAAACGCGCAUGAAAAAAGAAGUUAUCGAUAGUUUUGACACACAAAGUAGACGAGGAAGGAAACGACAGUACGACAGUGAAUCAGAGGGGGAAAAUUCAGAUUAUAGCUAUCGUGAAUCGCGAGAAAAAAAUAACGAAGCAUCGCGUAAAUCUCGCAUGAAUAAAAAAGCUAAAGAGAAAGGCAUGAUGAUGGAAGCUGUCAGUUUAGAAAAAACUAAUAGAAUACUUAAAAGCAGAGUAGAGCAGCUUGAAAAGAUGGUAAUAACAAUGCGCGCUGCUAUACUUAAAUCUGCGUUAAGAAGAAAAUUUUAA